AUGGCUACGCUUCCUGGACCACCGCCGCCGCUCAGCAUCUCGCUCAGCGAGUCUGGCAAUACCAACUCUGUCAGCCGAAUUACUCGCGAAGGAAAGAGGAUCACGUACAAGAUGAGCAUAAUGCAGCAGCCAAAGCGUGCGAGAGCUUGCGGUCAAGGUUCAAAGUCGCACACCGAUCGCCGCCCUGUUGAUCCUCCGCCAGUCAUCGAACUGAACAUCUUCGAGUCGGACCCCCAUGACGACAGCCAUAAAACCGAUAUCACAUUCGUCUAUCACGCAAAUUUCUUCCUCUUCGCGACCUUAGAGCCCGAACGCCCGAUGGCACAAGGCAGAAUGUCCGCAAAUCAAGUCAACAGCCAAGGCUCUCCAGUCCUGACGGGUGUGCCGGUCGCUGGUGUGGCAUACCUGGACAAACCGAACCGAGCCGGAUACUUCAUCUUUCCUGAUCUUUCCGUGCGGAAUGAAGGUUCUUAUCGCUUCAGCUUCCACCUGUUCGAGCAGAUCAAAGACCCAAAAGACGCAACCGACGGAACACACCCUAUGCCCGCGCCAGUUCCUGGGAAACUAGGGCCCCCACAGCAGUUCUUGGAGUUCCGGCUGGAGGUCGUGUCUAACCCCUUCAUCGUUUACAGCGCCAAGAAGUUCCCUGGGUUGACCACGAGUACGCCCAUCAGCCGCAUGAUUGCGGAGCAAGGUUGCCGUGUCCGCAUUCGGCGUGAUGUUCGGAUGAGACGACGGGGGGAUAAGCGGACGGAGGAAUACGACUUCGACAACGACCGGGCUUACAACGGUCGCCCCGGCGAUCAAUAUGCUGCGCCGGACGCUUACGCGAAUGCUCCUGAACGUCCUCGGUCCACGAGUAUCAGCACAGUCGACCUGUACUCCUACUCCUCUCGCCGUCCGUCAGCAGUGGAGUAUGGCCACCCCGUUCCUCAGCCUUACCAGCGCCCCAUGGCUUCUACUCCUGUUCAGUCUUCUACACCGAUUCCUCCCCCGAUCACGGUGCCCGGCCCAGUCGCACUCCCUCCUUCGACACCUUCACCCGCUUCCGCUCAUGCACCCGCUCCGCCCACCGCUCAUAUUGCUGCACCCCCGCUACAUACCCCGUCAUAUCAAUCGCAUUUGUCAUUUGGUGCUACGCAGACACAGUACUCGGCACCACAGCUUUCUCACGCCCCACAGGCGACUGCGCCCACGUACCCCUACUCUCCUCGUUCUUCGAUAUCUCAUGGCCGGAACCCAUCAAUAAGCCACGACUACGAGCCUUCUUCGAUGAGCUAUCCGCAUCCGCCCUCACGAGCUCCAAUGGAGCGCACAAAUUAUCCACAGCCACCGCAACCGACGAACCUGCCACCCCUACGCAUCAUGCAACCUAGCGAGGGACACUACCCACAUGAACUUCCCAGGACUACUCGGGCCCAAACGCCCUCGAAUAUGGUCACGUCUCUUCCUCCGAUUACUACCUUUUCUGACUUCUCUUCAACAACGCCUCAACCGUCAAGCAGCAUUGGCUCUAGCCCGGCGAAUGAGAAUGGCCCUGUCAAGGGCCUCUGGGAUACCAACCCGAUGCUGUCGAAACGGACAUAUGAGGAGUCAUUCGGCCAUGACGACCGACCACUGUACAACGGAAUGCGGCCUGACAGUGAAGCUUAUCCUGGAGUGCAGCGGAGACAUUCCUACGAAAGGGCUUCACUCAUUGAUGGCCCCGAUCAGAUGGCUUACAAGCGCGCUAAUGGACGAAUGGUCUCGAAACCUGUCACCAUGCAUUGA